AAUUAACAGGAAUCAGUCCAUUCCUUAAAGCUUUGGCAUUUAUCUGGUGCGUGUGUAUACUCACUCAUCCAGCUCCAGAUGUCAACCUCAAUUCAACUCCCAUCAGACGCAGUCCCCUUCAACAUCUUUGCUCUUACAUCAAUGCCUCCAAACGAUAAAUACCGUGGCGCCGUUGUAGAGGACCUACAACUCCCCCCUGCAUUCUGUUUACCCUCCACCGAAUCCGUAUCUCGCGCAAUGGAGUCAGCAUAUGAUCGUGACUUCUCUCAUAUACCCGUCCUAAACCGCGAUCGCCGUCCUCUUGGGUACGUGGAUGUCGCUGCUCUGAAAGCAAAGUGGGAAGCGGGCACAGCAUCGCCAAACGACUCCAUCAGUAAAUACAUGACCAAGUUCAAUCGUAAAGCGUCUGAGCCUUACACCCUCAUAACGCCCUUGACGCCCCUUGCUGAACUGGCAGAGUUCUUGCGGGACAAUAUCUUUGCGCUAGUUUCGGACCAGGGCAAGAAUUUCGUGCUUGCUGUGGCGACAUCGCAGGAUUUGGACAAUUUCGUGACGCGUAGGGGUCGUUGAUCUCAUGCCUGAUAGAUCAUAUUAUCCCCUUAAUUAAUUAUUCUCGGGCGUGCGGUUUUACAUCUAUCAAGUGGAAUAUGUUUCAAUAUUAAGCAAUGGGCACCUGAUCGUGCGUUGGCGCAAUGUAUGUCAGGUUGUGGAGUUGGAGAGAGUAUUAGUUUCGUCACAGGAACGACGCAAGUCCUCACAGAGGUACGGUAACACCCUACUUAGUGCGACGUUAUCUCUUAGCUUGCUACGUAUGGGCUAUGGUACCAGGCCUCUAAGCACCGAGAUG